GAGGGUGUGUGUGUGUGUGUGUGUGUGUGUGUGUGUGUGUGUGUGUGUGUGUGUGUGUGUGUGUGUGUGUGUGUGUGUGUGUGUGUGUGUGUGUGUGUGUGUGUGUGUGUGUGUGUGUGUGUGUGUGAGAGAGAGAGAGUGAGAGAGACAACAUCAGGAGAGAGAGGGUGAGAGGGAGAGAGAGAAAGAGAGAGGGAGGGAGAGAGAGAAAUAGCGUGUGAGAGAGAGACAGAGAAGAAGAGAGGGAGAAAGAGGGACACGAGACAGAGAUCAGACAGUGAGGAGGACUUUUCCAGGGAGCUUAGGUCCUGGCAGUGGAAGGAUUACAAGGACAGAGCUGAUCAGUAUUGGACAUUGACAAGCCUAGUACAGCUGCACGCAUGGGACACAGGACUACAACCAGAACAACAACCUAACCCCCCCGUUCUAUAGUGGGUUAUUAUUGGAGCACUCCCCCAUGUCCAUGUAACUGUACUGUGUUUGGAUGAGCCUGUUGAUGGAUUGUUGGGCUCUGGAUCUCAGGAGUGAUGUGUUGGGAGCGAGGAACUUGUUGCUCUUCCAUAACCUGAAGGAGAAGUGAACAACAAGACCCUUUGUGACUGAGUUGGACUUUUCAGUUAAAACACAAGGGUAACGUUAUAUCUGGCCACCGUCAAUCUCAAUCUGUGACUUUAUCUCGAUCUGUGACUUUAUCGCGAUCUGUGAUUAUUGAUACAAGCAUCUGUAAGAAACUAGACAGAUCACUUGGAUCAACAUUCAAUUAUUACCGUUAGAGAAGCAAAGAAGUUACAAGCUUUGAUGUUAUUUGAGAAUCCAAAAUUGCUAAACUGUUGACAGGGAAGAUGAAAUCAGCACUGCUCAAGGCUCUGACUGCGUUGUAAGUUGAACACCAUUGUGGCCGACUGUAACCUGAUCUCCAACACACUGCAGUAAUUACAAGGUGCAUGCAGGGAAACAUAGAGAGAGAUUUGUAAUUAGACCUGUCUAUAAAAAGAGCCAGGCAAAGGGCUCAGAGAGAGAGAAAGGGGGAGAGUCAGGCCAAGGACACCCAGCUUGAAGGGAGGGAGGCUGUCUGGAGGCAUAGGAAGGAGGCUGUCUGAAGGCAUAGGAAGGAGGCUGUCUGAAGGCAUAGGAAGGAGGCUGUCUGGAGGCAUAGGAAGGCUGUCUGAAGGCAUAGGAAGGAGGCUGUCUGGAGGCAUAGAAAGGAGGCUGUCUGAAGGCAUAGGAAGGAGGCUGUCUGAAGGCAUAGGAAGGAGGCUGUCUGGAGGCAUAGGAAGGAGGCCAACUGGAGGCAUAGGAAGGAGGCCAACUGGAGGCAUAGGAAGGAGGCCAACUGGAGGCAUAGGAAGGAGGUUGUCUGGAGGCAUAGGAAGGAGGCCAACUGGAGGCAUAGGAAGGAGGCCAACUGGAGGCAUAGGAAGGAGGCUGUCUGAAAACAUAGGAAGGAGGCUGCCUGGGGGCAUAGGAAGGAGGCCAACUGGAGGCAUAGGAAGGAGGCUGCCCGGGGGCAUUGUUGAGUGUAAGUGACACUCAGACCCAGACAGCAACGACACCUAACCUGAAGGAAAGGAGGCUGCCUGGAGUCAUCAUUGGGAAGAAGAGACACCAGACAGCUUUUGGCAAUUAGGGGACAGGAGGUGUGACCAUGGACUCCCAAGGCGGACACUACCUGAACAAGGCGGCGGUGCUGUCUCCUCUAGGAGCGGCCCGUAUGCUCCAGCUCCUCCUGGGCUGCACCAUCAUAGCCCUGGUGGCCCACAGCGCCGGAUACAACCACGCCUAUGGUAUCUACUGCAUGUUUGUGUGGUGCUUCUGCUUCGCCAUGACCCUGCUGGUGUUCACCAUGGAUGUGACACGCCUCCCCUGCUGCAUGCCCAUCUCCUGGGACAACCUCACCGUGGCGUUCGCCAUGCUCGCCACACUCAUGUAUGUCGCCGCCUCCGUCGUCUACCCCGUCUACUUCCUGCGCUCCCAGUGCUCCAAGUCUGACGGGGGCUGUGAGGUGCGCAACUACCGCAUUGCUGUCACCGUGUGCUCCAGUUUCUGCUGCUUCGCCUACGCGGCUGAGGUGUUCCUGACCCGGGCCAAACCCGGCCAUGUGGUGGGCUACAUGGCCACCAUGUCAGGCCUGCUCAAGGUGGUCCAGGCCUUCGUGGCCUGCAUUAUAUUCGGGGCCCUGGCCAACGGCAGCGAGUACAACCGCCACAUCCCCACUCAUUACUGUGUGGUGGUCUACAGCCUGUGCUUCUCCAUCACCGUGGUCGUGAUCGCUGUGACCGUGUCGGGAAAAGCCUCGGCUCUGCCCCUGCGUUUCCCCUUCGACCGCUUCGUGAUCAUCUACACGUUCCUGGCGACGCUGCUGUACCUGAGCGCCGCCCUGGUGUGGCCCAUCUUUAGCUUCGACAGGAAGUAUGGCACGCCGGGUCGCCCCGACGGCUGUCCCUGGGAGAACUGUCCCUGGGACAGCAAGCUGGUGGUGGCGGUGUUCACCCAUGUCAACAUGGUGCUGUACUUCAGCGACCUAAUCUACUCCCAGAGGAUCCGCUUUGUCUCCCACUCCGCUGCUUGAGGACCCCUCCACCCUCCUCACUCCACUCCGCAGCUUGAGGACCCCUCCACCCUCCUCACUCCACUCCGCUGCUUGAGGACCCCUCCACCCUCCUCACUGCACUCCGCUGCUUGAGGACCCCUCCACCCUCCUCACUCCACUCCGCUGCUUGAGGACCCCUCUACCCUCCUCACUCCACUCCGCUGCUUGAGGACCCCUCCACCCUCCUCACUCCACUCCGCUGUUUGAGGACCCCUCUACCCUCCUCACUCCACUUCGCUGCUUGAGGACCCCUCCAUCCUCCUCACUCCACUCUGCUACUUGAGGCCCCUUCCCACUUUCCUCGCUCCACUCUGCUGCCAGAGGACCCCUCCACCCUCCUCACUCCUGGGGACCCCUCUACCCUCCUCACUCCUGGGGACCCCUCUACCAUCCUCCCUCCUGGGGUGAAUCUCAAAAGUUUUUUCCUCGGUUCCUCAUUGGACAUGGCGUACGAGGUAAGGGAGGAGAGCAUUGGAAGAGGAGAUACGAUAUUUGAAUGGACUUCUGCCUCGCUCUGACGUUGUGAGGAGGCGUGGAGAGGGGAUACGAGGAAUAGAGGGUAUAGACUUUUGAGUUGCACCCCUGGCCCUCAGAGACAGACAGAGACCACACUGGAAAUGACACACAGCAUCUCCACUCAAGUGCCUCUGAAUGCCCCAUGCCUACUACAGAUUACAUAUCGCCUCAAUGAUGUUAUGGCUUUGUGCCUUGUUGUGUCUUUCUUAUAAUCAGUGUUGUGUCUUUCUUAACAUCAGUGUUGUGUCUUUCUUAACAUUAGUGUUGUGUCUUUCUUAACAUCAGUGUUGUGUCUUUCUUAACAUCAGUGUUGUGUCUUUCUUAACAUCAGUGUUAUGUCUUAUUUAACAUCAGGAUUGUGUCUUUCUUAACAUCAGGAUUGUGUCUUUCUUAACAUCAGGAUUGUGUCUUUCUUAACAUCAGUGUUGUGUCUUUCUUAACAUCAGUGUUGUGUCUUUCUUAACAUCAGUGUUAUGUUUUUCUUAACAUCAGUGUUGUGUCUUUCUU